UCUAUGACUUACCAAGACAUAAAAUUAUUGCAAUUGGUACAACUACAUAAAUUUGGCAUUGGCAUACUGUCAACAACAAAUUUGUUUGAUAGAGGCCACAUAGAGGUUUUUGAGGGGUGUAUAAUAAAACUAAUAAUAACGUGACAAAUUUUUAAACUUUAUGAUCGGUUCAUCAAUAUCAAGCAAGAAUGAGUGAAUACGAAUCUGCUGGCGGUCUUAAUCUGCCAAUUGAAUCCAUGAAAAUGAUGGCUGAAAGUGUCGGUGUCGCCGGUCUAUCAGACUCGGCUGCUAAGGAAUUGGCAGAUGAAAUUAAUUUCAGAGUGAAGACCAUUAUCCAAGAUGCAACAAAAUUCAUGCACCAUGGAAAAAGGAAAAAACUUUCUACAAUGGAUGUUGACCAUGCACUUAAAAUUAAAAACAUUGAACCUCUGUAUGGGUUUUCAAAUCCAGACCACAUUCCUUUUAGAUUUGCAAGUGGUGGAGGACGUGAAUUGCAUUUCCUAGAAGAUAAAGAACUGGACAUUGCCGAUAUCAUUGGCGGUUCUCUGCCAAAGUUACCAUUAGAUGUUUCUCUAAGAGCUCAUUGGCUUAGUAUUGAUGGAAUACAGCCAGCAGUUCCAGAAAAUCCUCCAUCAUUGUCCAAAGAUCAACAGCGGCUGGAAAGCUCUGACCCAGUCUCUAAACUUGCUAAAAUUGGGGACAAAACCAAAAAGGCUUCAACUCUCACAGCAAUUAACAAACCUAAAACAGAAACUGUUCAAGUUAAACAGCUUACAGCGCAUGAAUUGUCUGUUGAACAGCAACUCUACUAUAAAGAAAUCACUGAGGCGUGUGUUGGCUCCGAUGAAGCCAGACGAGCUGAAGCAUUCCAAAGUUUGGCUUCAGAUCCUGGAUUGCAUCAAAUGCUACCUCGCCUAUGCACCUUUAUUGCUGAAGGCGUUCGAGUUAACGUUGUUCAAAACAAUUUGGCACCUCUUAUUUACCUUAUGCGAAUGGUUAAAGCACUGCUUUCCAAUCAAACGCUUUACCUUGAAAAAUAUCUUCACGAGUUAGUUCCUGCUGUCACGUCUUGCAUGGUCAGCAAACAACUUUGUCUUCGGCCAGAAGUGGACAAUCAUUGGGCUUUGAGAGAUUUCUCUUCACGCCUGAUUGCACAAAUUUGCAAGAAUUACCACACAACGACGAAUAAUUGCCAGACUCGUGUCACGCGGUUGUUCUGUCGAGCGCUGGCCAACGACAAAAUGCCAUUGGCGUCAUUUUACGGCGCUCUCGUUGGAUUAUCCGAAUUGGGAACGGAAGUGAUCAAAGCCUUCAUUAUUCCGAAAAUACGGGCGAUAGGUGAACGCAUCGAACUUUACUUGGAUGGAACAGGGCAGGCCAAUGCCGAUCGGAUAGCAGCCUCCCACAUCAAGCAAUUGACGAUCAAAGUCAUGGUGCCUAUAUUGAAAGUGACGCGCCAACCGCCUGAUAACAUUGACGAUUACCGUCAGGAGUUCGGGUAUCUUGGGCCGGCUCUUCACGGCGCCGUAACUAGAGCCCGAUCUCAGAACAUAACUCCGGCGGCGUCGUCUACUGGCAUUUCAUCAGCUGCAUCUGGCAGUCUAGGAAUAUCUGCUGGGCGUGGGACCAUCGUCAUGGGCGGAGCUUCCAGUUCAGCUGCGACUUCGCGAACUCAAAGUGGCGCUGUAGCCAACGCUGCUGGCAAUCCUACUAAAUACAUGUUCGUGACUUCUAGACCUUCAACUCCCGUUCAGGCUGCCGCCCCUCAGACCACUCAGGUCGUCAAAUUAGUUUCCGGCGCUGGACAGGGAAAUAAACCGAAUACCAUGUCUGGCAACCAACCUAAAUACGUGAUGGUUCAAGCAUCCAACACCAGCCAAAUCGUUCGGGCUCCUAUAAAAGUGGAAGGCGGUGAAGCGACGGUCGAAUCUACCAUGGAAAUCAAGACGGAAAAUAUCACCAUUCUCGAUGAUUGAGACAAAUAUAAUGAAAUAAUGGAACUUUUCUCUUUUAUGCAAUGCUAAUAAAUGAAUGAUUGAUUUAAAUAGAAAUCUCAAAAAGU